AUGAAAGAAAAUAUUAAGUCGCUAAUUUUUAAUAAAACGUUUGCAUUUUUGCUUUUUAUUUGGAUGAGUUAUGAUAUAAAUAAUGUGAGGGGUGUCAUAUCGUUAGAUAAACAACAUGGCUAUAUUACUUUAAGAAGUAAUAGGCUAUUAUUAGAGCCCUCACUUGAUUUGGGAUCAAUUGAGUAUUUAAAUUAUGACGAUAGUAAUUCUACAUUGCAGGACGAAGAUAUAUAUAAAAAUGAUCAUGGUUGUAAAUACGAAAUAGGAGAAUCAAGAAAAAGCUUUUUAAGUAUAGGAGAAUUGUAUAAAUUAGAUCGAAAAAAAAAGUCCUCAUUACUUAGUAGAAUGGAUAAAUUUUGCGAAAAAUAUAUCUUUAAUCAGUUAGAUUCCAUAUAUAAAGUUAAGGAUAAUAAGUUUAUUAAUAAAAUGACUGCAAACAAAAAGAUAUUUAAAAAGGUAGUUUUAGCAGUAAUUCCACCUUGUUUAGCUAUGGGUGCUGGAUUAAUAAUAGUUACAGUAUUAAGUUAUUUAUUUUGUAGUACUUUAUUGACCAGUUUGUCAUCAUCUUCAUUACUAAUUGUACUUCCCGCAUUAAUAGCAUGUAUGCCAAUCUUAUCUAUAAUGUGUAUUGCUUAUAUUUUCAGAAAAUUUAUGAAAUAUGAAAAAAUCUAUGAAAAUAAACCAAAACUUACUCAAAAAUUGUUAAACCUUUUGUUUGGAAAAAAUUUUAAUAUGGCAUCAGAGAACAUGUAG